CCCUGUCCCACCGCCUUGGGUCCUUCCUGGUCCCGCUCUCCUGGGCCCUAUGGCCUUAGACAUCUCUUAGCCUGCCUCCUCCCUGUGAACCCUGACUUGGGCUGACCCCUGACCCUUAGGCAUCCCCUCCCCUCCUGCCGCCCCACGGAGUGUGACCAUUGCCUGCAUCAGGGGUCCUGAUCCUAUUCCUCCUCUCUCUCUCCCGGGACCCAGGAGGGUGAUGCCGGAGGAGCCAGACAUUUUCACCUUACUGCUGCCACAGAAACAUUCAAAAUUAUCAUUUAAUACCGUUGUGCCCUAGGCUCAUCCUAAAGUCGACACCCAGCACAAAUGCAACAAGGCGGUGACUCCCGGAGCCUGCUGCAGUGGGGUGCUGGCUUCCACACCCAGUGCAGGGACCGCCAAACGCCAUUGGCGCUCAGAGAGGAAACUGGAGUCUCAUCCUAGAUCCUUCCGCACUGGAACCCGUGCAAGCACUGUGAAGGAGCAUGUCAUCCCUGUUCUUGAGGACCACGAAGAGCCUGGUGGGAGAGCUGGGCAGGAAGGGCGAGCUGGUACCCGUGGACAGCCUGAGCAGUUCGUCUCGCCUGCGCCCCUUCUGCUUGGUGAGGAAGAAACAUAGGCGUCACCUCUGGCCUUGGGACACCCCCCUGAUCCCCACAGACUUCUCCCUCCUGGACCUGCUGGAGCCUGGCUGCCCUGAGCCAGAGGUGAACCGCAGCAGUCCCAUCAACAUCUGGGAGAAGGUGGCAGGGGGGCUAAGCGGGGCUGUGAGCCUGAGCGCUGGGCUGCAGGGCCAGGUGGCUGGGAGCAGCAACUCUGCCUGCAUCUCUGCCUUGGCUGUGCAGACACUCUGGAUUUCCCCUGGCACCUGGGAGAUGCUGCUUGAGAAGAGGAAACUGAGGUCGCCGAGACCCCCCUUCCUCCAGGAACUACAGAGCCGGAAGGAGAGGGAGAGCCUGUACGUGGUGACCGAGGCUGUGGAGACGCUGCAAGAUGCCAUCCUUCAGAGCCAGGGCCAAAUGCUAGCAGCUGGGCAGCUGUCCCUCCUCCAGCUGGGCCACGUCCAGGUCCAGGUUCAGAGCCACAUGGACACAGAGAAAGUGCUGAGCAUCCCGCGGGGCAGUAUAUUGGCCUACAGGGUUCUGCAGCUGGCGGUGGAGGAAGAUGGCUGGGCUGUCCUCUACUUCCCAGAAGGAAAGCUCUGCAGGGGCACCAGAAGAGGCAUAGACUUCAGCCAGGACUCAGGGGAGAUUCACCUCCAGAGCUUGCAGGAGCAAGCGGAUGGCCAGUUGCAGGACCUGGCCACACUGUCCUCAGAGCUGCGGUUAACACUGCUGGGUGCCCUCCGGGAGCUGCUGCAAGACCGCCAGGCACUCCAGGAGCUGGAGGACACGCUGGAGCAGGCUCUGGACACUGGGUUGCUGGCACAGCUGGAGGGUCCUGGAGGCUUAGUCUUAAGCAUCCUCCAAGACUCCACAGGCAACCUGUCAUGCUCGAGAGGCGGGGCUAUCCUCUACAUUCUUGGAGCCCUAGCGGCACUGAGUGAGCCCCAGCUUCGCCUGUUGGCCCAGUCCAUAGAGAGACGAAUCCUAUCCCAGGAACUGGAGCUGGUGGCGAGCAUCCUGGAACGCAACUGUAAUCAGAUGGAGGAAACCACCCGUCCUCUCCCAACAGGAGGCCUCUGUGCUCUGAAGAGUGAGGAUGUAGUCCUCCUCCUAAACCUGGUGCAGAGCUGUGGGCUGGCGCUGGAGCAGCCCAGCGGCCAGCUCACCUGGGACCCCACAGUGGUGCCUCAGCUCUCUGCUCUCUAUGGGAGCCUCUCAGGGCUGCAGCUCCUGGCUGACCCAAGCCCUGGGCUUUCUAGGACAGUGCCUGAAGAGGGAGCAUUGAUCUGUCCCUAGGGUCUCAUGCAGCCUGACUCCGGGCAUCCUAAGAUGUCUCUGACCCUCUGGUGGCCUCAGCUGAUGGCAGGCUCCCACCAGGACUCGUUUCGGGCAUCCAAACACCCAUUCAGAACAAGGAAGACCAGGGCCACACCCUGGCCCGGGGUUCUUUCUGAGAGCAAUUCAGGCUGGCUGUAGAACAGUUUGGCUCUGUCCCCAGCUCGGCCACCACUCCCAGCUGUGUAUCUUACACAGCACAGUCCCCUGUGCCCAGGUGAAAUGAGCCCUUGUAAAGGAGAUUUGUGCUGGUUCCUAGAGCACACGACAGUGAGAACUUUCAAAGUUGUGCAUGGCAUGCUUACAGGAGUGCUGUUGUUGGGAGGGAGCAAUGGCUCAGAGGUUAAGAGCGCUGUUCUUCCAGGGGUCCUGAGUUCAAAUCCCAGCAACCACACAGUGGCUUAC